GAGUAGGGGCCCAAGAAUUAAGCUCGCCGACUGUGUAUGGACCGUAGCUGCAGAGUAGGUGUAUAGCCUCUGCUAACAACAACUUUUUCUUCCUUCUUAUUCACAGCCUACUCCCAACGUGACAAGCAAACUACUCUCAUUCUUCUGUCCUCUCUCUCUUAUUCUCUAUCCCAAUUCACUUACUGCCUUCCUUUUGUCUCCAUCUCGCCCUUUCAGCUCUUGCAUGGCCCCCAGUAAGAAAUAGUGUGUGCUUCAAGGCAAGUCUUGGUGAAUUGGUUGCUAUCUAGCUCUGUUUCUUUUUCUUUUUCUUCUUUAAUUUAUUUGGUUUCAUGGGUCUUACUUCGCUGCAAGUUUGCAUGGAUUCGACGAAUUGGCUGCAGGGCACGAUUCACGAUGAGUCUGGAAUGGAUUCUUCUUCUCCUUCCGGGGAUAUAUUCACUUGCACAAGGCCCUUGAUCGAGAGGAGGCUCAGACCCCAGCAUCAUCAAGCUCUCAAGUGCCCAAGGUGUGACUCCACACACACCAAAUUUUGUUACUAUAACAAUUAUAGCCUCUCUCAGCCAAGGUACUUCUGCAAGACUUGCAGAAGGUACUGGACCAAAGGAGGCACUUUAAGGAACAUCCCUGUGGGUGGUGGCUGUAGGAAGAAUAAAAAAGUGUCUAAAAAAUCUAAUGAUACUACUAAUCAGAACCCUAGAUCAUCAUCUUCUUCCCACAGUCCUACUGAUCUUCACCUUUCAUUUCCUGCGGUCCAACUUUCACACCUUAAUAACUUGCUUGGCACACAUCAAGGCACAUUUGCGAACCCUGCCUUCAUGGAGAGCAAGUAUAAUAUUGCUAUGCUUGAAAACCCUGGGCCUAUUGAUUUCAUGGAGAGUAAGUUAGAAGCUAUAGUGGGCAGCUCCAGGAACUACGAUUUUAUGGGGAACAGAGAAAUGGGUAUGGUUAGUGGGCUAGGAGAGAUGAAUCAUCAUGGCUUAGCUCCAGAUUUCCAUGAUCUUCGCUCUCCAUUCGGGAUAUCCAUCGAUGGCAGCAAUGGCACUUUAAUGGAAACCUGCCAAAGGUUAAUGCUUCCAUAUGAUCAUCAAGGUAAUGAUGAGCAGAACACAGUUGAUGUGAAGCCCAACGCCGAGCUUUUGUCCCUUGAAUGGCAAGACCAGGGCCACUCAGGUGGUGGGAAGGACACAUUUGGGUACGUCAAUAACUUGGGAUCAUGGACUGGCAUGAUGAAUGGCUAUGGAUCGUCGACCACAACCAAUCCCAUGGUGUAAUCUAAUCCACAUAUCGCCUUUGAUGGAAAGGGUUUUUUUCGUGCUUCUUUCUAUUAUAAGGUGGUGAUGAAAAUUUUCAUCGACUUGACAAGCAACAGCAGCCAGCAGGAGGGCAAUGUGUGAAUGAAAAAGAGUCCAAAAAUGACGGCCUUAGUGUCUUUCUUUUUGUUUUUAUGUUCGGAUGUCGUAUCAUUCUUUGGUAAUUUGGUGUUUUUUUUAUAAGGCAUUCAAACUUUAGGAUUUGUUGUUAUAUCGAGGAAGAUAUGAUAGUGCUUUUUUUAGUCUAA